AGCCUCAAUGUUGGAUGUCGUGCUAUGACAACGUCACUGCUCCUCCGUCCUCGCUGGGUCGACCCGUCGGUGAUGUUCCUCUAUGACAACGGCGGCGUUUCCGAUGAAGUAAGCAAGAAUAUGGACGCUGGCGGUGGUGGUUUUGCGGGUGGCAACUUUGCUGCGAACCAAUGUAGGAACCUGAUGGCGCACCCCGCGUCCCUCGCACCAAGCACGGUAUAUUCGUCGAGCGAGGUGUCUACCUCGGGUAUGGGAGAGCCAACCAAGCAGUGUAGCCCUUGCUCUGCUGCGCAAAGCUCAUCUAGCGCGUCCCUGCCUUAUGGAUACUUCGGUAGCGGUUAUUACCCGUGUAGAAUGUCGCACCACGGCAGCGUGAAGUCGUGCGGCACCCAGCCCCCCUCUGCUUACGGGGACAAGUACAUGGAUACGUCCGCCACGGGGGAUGACUUCACCUCCCGGGCCAAAGAGUUCGCAUUCUAUCCAAGCUAUGCCACAGGGCCAUACCAGCCUGUUCCCAGUUACCUGGACGUGCCCGUCGUACAAUCUAUGAGCGGGCCAGCUGAACCCAGACACGAGUCUCUGCUACCCAUGGAAAGCUAUCAGCCAUGGGCUCUGUCUACUAACGGCUGGAGCGGACAGGUCUAUUGCACCAAGGAGCAACCUCAGGCCGGACACAUAUGGAAAUCCUCCAUACCAGAUGCAGUGUCUCAUGUAGGAGGGGACGGGAGCUCCUUUCGACGUGGAAGAAAGAAGCGCGUGCCAUACACCAAGGUGCAACUGAAGGAACUUGAGCGCGAGUAUGCGGCCAAUAAAUUCAUAACGAAGGAUAAACGAAGGAGGAUAUCGGCCCAGACAAACCUCUCGGAGCGACAGGUCACAAUCUGGUUUCAGAACAGACGCGUGAAAGAGAAAAAGGUUGUCACUAAAGUGAAGAGCAUUAGCUAGUUCUGACUGACCUAAAACGAUGGAAAAUUACCCCCCCCCCCCUACCCCCAGCACACACACAAACACACUUACACACACAAUGCUCUUCACGCUUUUUGGUUGGAACAAUAGACUCAUUAUUUACCUAACAAAAUGCAUUUUCGUUCCGGGACCUUUUUGGAGCCAAAGUGUAUUAAAACUCUGGACCUUUCAUCUUUCUUCCGUGGUGUAAAACACUGUUCGAUGUGUAGCCAAAAGCAAGGAGGAAGGGGCGUAUAAUUUCUGCGACUGGCAAGCAGUAACUUCAGGAAAAUGGACACCCUUGAGAGGUGUGUGUAUUUCAGCUUUUUAUUUUAUCUGCAAACUUCUCCGUGUGGAGGAAAACACUUGGAAAUCCACAGCAAGUAAUGACAUUUAGGAUUAUAUCUCCCACAGUUAAUUAUUAAUCCGUUUAAUUUCUCCUUCAACACUCCACUCAUCAAAAGCAUCUUUAUUUAAAAUGUAUGUUUUUCGGUUACCAUGCUUUCAUUCAUACCGAAUCCAUGAUGCAGUUCUGCUUGUAAAGCAUUAAUAAUGGUUUGGGAAAUGUGUGCCCAUGUGAACCAUAGCUUUUAUAUUGUGUGCAUUCAUAUGGUUGUAUAUAAAAGUAAACUAUACAGACAAAUAUAAUAUUUCAAGGCUACCCGUGUGUCUGUAAAAUAUGUCAUUUUUUAUAGGUUGACAUGAAACUACGUCCCAAUAAAUUAUGGACAUUGUUGAAUCAUAUGACCUCUGCUUUUAACAUCAGUUCAACACAUUACAGAUACAUUGUUUAAUUUUUGGUGUGACAUUUUUAAUGUCAUUUGGGCACUUCCAGAUUAUUAGAACAAGCAAAGAUCAGUCAUAAUCUAGUUCUCAGAUCCAGAAACAGUGUAACAUGCUUAAAUAUUAAUGUAUGCUUGUUUACAGAAAAAUGAUGUGAGAAACUUGUAUUUAUAUUUUUAUUUAAUGAUUAAGAUCUUCGCUGUACAUACUAUGUAAACUGGUCUGUUUCCAUUUUUACGUUUUUACAU